AUGCAGAGAAUGAAGGAGAGGGUGCUGAUGUCCGUGGGCCUCCAACCCCGUCCCGUGCUGCAUGGCGGAGACGAGGAGCACAAAAGAGCAGGCUGCGGCACCUGCUCCAACGCACCAAGAGGCCGCUGGAGGAGUUCGCCGUCGCCGUGGUCCGUGGAGGCACAUCCAGGCCUGUGGAGCUCCCUAUUCGUGCCCGUGGAGCUGGUGGUUGCUGAUGGCCAAGACGUCUUUCAAGAUGGAGCACGAUCUCGGUUGGUUUGGUUCCACUCUCUUGUCUCGUGCGCUGUUAAUUUUGUGGUCCGGAAUUGGGCCUCUUGCCUGUGGUUGAUUGGUAUAAGCGUGGCGAUGCUCAUAGAUUGGGUUGAAGUUGUCGAUGAAAAAAGGCAGGCUGAAUCUGCCAGGAUCAGGGAUAAGUACCCUGACAGAAUUCCUGUGAUUGUUGAGAAAGCUGGCAAGACUGAUGUCCCUGAGAUUGAUAAGAAGAAGUACCUUGUCCCUGCUGAUCUCACUGUCGGCCAGUUUGUCUAUGUGGUGAGGAAGAGGAUCAAGCUGAGCCCAGAGAAGGCCAUCUUUGUCUUUGUGAAGAACACCUUGCCACCGACUGCCUCUUUGAUGUCUGCGAUCUACGAAGAGAACAAGGACGAGGAUGGCUUCCUCUACAUGACCUACAGUGGCGAGAACACCUUCGGCUCUGCCUAG